AUGGUUCUGCACAAUCCCAACAACUGGCACUGGGUCAAUAAGGAUGCCUCCGAAUGGGCCAAGACUUAUCUGAAGGAGAAUCUCCUGACCAUCGCCGCAGAGGAUAAUGGUGUCUCUGCCAAGCUCUCCAACCUCCUGACCAUGGAUGGCGACGUAGACGUCAGCCAGCGCAAGAACAAGGUCAUCACCCUGUUCGAUGUGAAACUUCAACUAGAGUACGAAGGUAAGACCAAGGACGAGGAGCUGGUCAGCGGGACCAUCACUAUUCCCGAGGUGGCCCACGACACGGAAGAAGAUGAGUAUGUUUUUGAGAUCGAGAAUUACGCCGAUUCGCUCGCCAAGCAGCCCGUGAAGGAUCUGGUGCGCUCCAAGCUGGUUCCCCGGAUCCGUCAGGAGCUCGUGAAGCUCGCUCCCGCUCUGGUCAAGGAGCAUGGCAAGGACCUGCAGCACGCCCCUGGCGUCGACCCCUCCAAGGGGUUCACGCCCGCAGCCGUCCACCCCCAGACCGCCAAGAAGGAGGCUGCUCCCAAGACGACGACCACCACCACGACCGGCACCAAAGUUGCCGUCAACACCACGACGGUGACGGCCUCGGAUGAGAUGCGCACGACCGCCGAGGAACUGUACAUCACCUUCACGGACCCGCAGCGUAUUGCCGCGUUCACCCGUGGGCCGCCCCGUCAGUUCGAGGGCGCCCACGUCGGUGGAAAGUUCUCCAUCUUCGAUGGCAACGUUGUCGGCGAAUACGUCAAGCUCGACAAGCCCUCCCUCGUCGUGCAGAAGUGGCGCCUGGCCCAGUGGCCCGAGGGUCACUUCAGCACCCAGGAGAUCCACUUCGACCAGAACGACGUGGACGGCGUCACCCAGAUGCGCGUGACCUGGUCCGGUGUGCCCGUUGGACAGGAGGACGUUACCAAACAGAACUGGGACAUGUACUAUGUCCGUAGCUUGAAGCAGACGUUCGGGUAUGUUUACUCCCCUUUCCCGUUUUUCUUCCAUUGUCAUCAUCUAUCCCAUAUUGCCUACCUUCCUUACCAGUUAUCGUGGCAGAUCGCCUUUGUCUUCAUCCUCUUGGAAACCAUUGCUGAUCUCGUUCGCCGUUGCUUCUCUUGGCAUAGGUUUGGCACUCUCCUCUGA